CAAAGAACGAUCUAGUCCAGCUGAUCCGACCCAGACAGGUCCCUGCUGCAUGAAAACUCUCCCGACAUAGGCGUCAGGAUCCCAGACUGACUGCGGAGGUUUAAACUCCUGGGACGCGAAUGAAGAAACUUCUCCUGCUUCACUUCACAUACAGAGGUUUAGUGAGAAAAGGGAAAAAGAGUAAAAGAAGAAAAUGGAUCGUUUUAAAUUGCGAAAAGCUGAACCCAAAGAUGUGCCUGACAUACUGCGACUCAUAAAGGAACUGGCUAAAUACGAAGACAUGGAAGAUCAAGUGAUACUGACUGAGAAAGAUCUGCUCGAGGACGGAUUCGGUGACCAUCCAUUUUACCACUGCAUCGUGGCGGAAGUACCCAGUGAGAAGCAGAGCAACAACGCUCCUGUGGUGAUUGGGUUUGCCAUGUACUACUUCACCUAUGACCCCUGGAUCGGCAAGCUGCUUUACCUGGAAGACUUCUUUGUCAUGGAAGAGUACAGGGGGUUUGGCAUCGGCUCAGAGAUCCUCAAGCUCCUCAGUCAUACAGCAGUCAAGACUCGCUGCAGCAGCAUGCACUUCAUUGUCGCCGAGGGCAACCAGGCGUCGAUAGAAUUCUACAAGCGUCGUGGCGCAGCUGACCUCUCUCUGGAGGAGGGAUGGAGACUCUUCAAGAUCGACAAGAGCUCCCUCCUCAAGAUGUCCUCCGGCCCCGAAGAGUGAGCUGGCCCCAAGACACAUAGAAAGAUGGGAGUGAGAGACUUAGGCUAAAUAAAUUGACCCGUCUCUCACUUCAGCAGUUGGGUGGGGUGGUGUGACUACUGACAGAUUACUAUAAAAAGGGGCAUUAAACAUUACUAAUCAUAUGUGUACUAACUUAAUUUAGGAUUCUGUUUAGAUUUUAUCUGAAGCCAUCGUUGUAGUAGUGGUAUGUAUGUAAUUUUUUUCUGCUAAUCAACACCUUAGGAUUCCUAGCGUUCUCUAUUUUGAAUGUUUGUUGGUGUAAUUAAAAGUUUCAGAGCA